CUCAAUCUGUAUAGCUUAUCAAAUUCCUUCCAUCCCAAACUGUUUUGAGCCCCGACUGCCAUGCGACUUUUAUUUUGGUAUCUAUUGGCCUACAGUGGCUUGGAUACGGCCAAGAAAGUCAAUGCAGAGCGCACGGACUUGAGGAAGCUGGGCUUCAAAAAUUCCUACGAUAAGGUGGUUCGGGACCUGAUCAAGAACUGGGAGUCACCCAUUGAAUACCUGCAGGGACAUGGCUACAUAUCAGUCGGAUUCAAAGACACAUCGGUAAUCAAGCCCGGUCUGGAUGCCAUCAAGGAGCGCAUCGAGACCAAAAAACGUCAAAGAAAGAAAAUGAAACGCGAAAUGCGCAAUGCGAGGGGCCUUCUGCCCCGAGGGACGCAUGCGAUGAACCAGUUGGAUAUAAUGCUGGAGAAGAUAAAGCAAAAGGACGCCACCAGAAAGAACCGACUCGUUGAUAACAACAAACAGAGCAUGAUAUAUCCCGGUGUCGGUCUUCUGAUGGCCAUGGGGCAGACCGGACACAAGCAGGACGAACAGGAGCGACAGCUGUUGGAGAUGAAGCAACGAUUGGUCUCAAUGCCAGCCAGUCGGCUGAGGCAGGAUCAGGCAGCAGCAACAUCAAAGCCACCUGGCCACCGAUUUGACAAAAUGCUGCAACAGAUGAUGAAGCAGGCAAGUCCUCCAAUGCAACAGCCGGAACAAGCGAGUGCUGUCGACCAGGCCAAUACUGCCACACACAACGCGUUCGGGGCAAAUCCCAAUGCCGAAGAGGCGCCACAGCUGACACCAGCCCUCAAGAGUGGCAGUACGUAUGGAGCGGAAAGCAUUCCCAAUGUCCUCCCCGUUGAUACACUCGACCCGAACAGGGGCCAAACUGGUCGAUCGGAGGAUGAGAGAGCUGCAGGCACUCAAUUGACAUACGGCAAUCCUUCGAAGGACGUGGAGGCGCCAAGCUAUCUGAAUUGGGACAUUGAGAAGAAACACUUCAUCCAAUACUCGCCCGUCGUCAAGGAGGCCUAUGUGAACAAGCUGGUCAGAAUGUUCGUGGAGAAGGAGAAGCUCCGGGAGAAACAAAUCAAACUGCACACCGCACCUCCAUAGCAGAUGCCACACUUUACCCGCCCCCUCCGAGUCCCCGUAUGCACACACACAUAUUUGUUUUUGGUUUUCUCAAAAUUUCUUAAUUGCCUUUGCCUUUAAAAAGUUCUCUUGUGGGGCGUUCUCUGAGUCAUAAUCCAUUUAAUAAUGCCCAUGCCCAUAUUCACUCAAAUAUUCAUACGAAUCCAUGACGAUCCGCCAAUCCUACGUCAUAUCUAUGGCAUCAGCAAGAUGAGAUUAUCUUCGCGGUAUGUUUACUUCGCGAAGGCAAAGCGAAAAGCGAAAAAAAAAAUCACAGGAUAAGUGUGUUUACCGCGUAUACGUUUCGUAUACUUUCUGUUCGUUUUUGUUAGCUGUUUGUGGCAUCUUCCAGGUGGAUUCGAGUCAGUGACACACAUCCGGAAAAAGCAGCAGAAAAACGGGGGAACUUUGCUCACAAAAAAUAUAUUUUUAAAUCAAAUAAAGAUUCUUAAGACAAAUUUGGUUCAAU